GGCUAUUUAAAAUGAGAGUCGCCUCUCUAAAACCCUCACAAGACCCUAAUUUCAGUUUCAUCGUCCUCAUUCUGCUUCUCGCCAUUUUCUCUCUCCUCUCCUCUAGGUGAAAAAAGGGCGAAAAUUUGAGGGCAGAAAAAUGUUGGUGUUGUUCGAAACUCCUGCGGGCUUUGCCCUAUUCAAAGUUAUUGAUGAAGGAAAGCUUUCUCAAGUUGAGGAUUUGUGGAAAGAGUUUACAACUGCUGAUUCUGCUAGAAAGGUAGUGAAGCUGAAAGCUUUUGACAAGUUUGAAAAUACAUCAGAAGCUUUAGCAGCUACUACUUUAUUGAUUGACGGCAAACCUAGCAAGGGAUUGAGAAAAUUUUUGAAAGCACACUGCACAGGUAGCACAUUAGGUGUUGCUGAUUCUAAACUUGGAAAUGCAAUCAAGGAGAAAUUGCAAAUUGAGUGCGUUCACAAUAAUUCAGUGAUGGAGCUAAUGAGAGGGGUAAGAAGUCAGCUGACUGAACUCAUCUCAGGUCUUGGAGCUCAAGAUUUGGCUCCAAUGAGCUUGGGUUUAUCUCACAGCUUAUCUAGAUACAAGUUAAAGUUCAGUCCUGAUAAGGUAGACACUAUGAUCAUUCAAGCCAUCGGUUUGUUGGAUGAUCUUGACAAAGAGCUUAAUACAUAUGCUAUGAGGGUACGAGAAUGGUAUGGCUGGCAUUUUCCUGAGCUUGCAAAGAUUGUGCAAGACAAUAUACUAUAUGCCAAGACUGUGAAGUUCAUGAUGAAUCGUGUUAACGCUGCGAAGCUGGACUUCUCUGAGAUCUUGGAUGAGGAGGUUGAGACAGCGCUCAAAGAGGCUGCCAUGAUUUCCAUGGGAACUGAAGUCAGCGACCUUGAUUUGAUAAAUAUCAGUGAACUCUGUGACCAAGUUUUGUCUCUAGCUGAAUACAGAGCUCAAUUAUAUGAUUAUUUGAAAAGCAGAAUGAACACAAUCGCUCCAAAUUUGACUGCUCUUGUUGGUGAGCUCGUUGGUGCCCGUCUUAUUGCCCAUGGUGGAAGCUUGAUAAAUCUUGCAAAGCAGCCUGGGAGCACAGUACAAAUUCUUGGGGCAGAAAAGGCUCUUUUCAGAGCUUUGAAAACAAAACAUGCAACCCCUAAAUAUGGGCUUAUCUAUCAUGCUUCCUUGAUUGGGCAGGCUGCUCCUAAACACAAGGGUAAAAUAUCUCGUUCUCUUGCAGCAAAAACUGCAUUGGCUAUUCGUUAUGAUGCUCUUGGAGAUAACCCUGACAACACUAUGGGUCUUGAAAAUCGAGCCAAGCUUGAAGCCCGUCUAAGAAAUCUUGAAGGUAAAGAAUUGGGCAAAUCUGCGGGAUCCGCCAAGGGAAAACCACAAAUAGAAGUUUAUGACAAAGAUCGUAAGAAGGGAGCAGGAGCACUAAUUACCCCUGCAAAGACAUAUAAUCCUGCAGCUGAUGCUAUCCUUGGUAAGAAGGAUGAUAAUUUGAUGGUAAUUGAAAAGGAUGUCCAUGUUGUUGAGGAAACAAAGAAGGCAAAGAAAGAAAAGAAGAAAAAGAAGGAUGCCGUUUUGGAAGACAGUGUUGCUAAUGGUGAAGAUGAAAAUGUGGAACCUGAAGUUGAAAUAAAAUCCAAGAAAGAGAAGAAGAAAAAGAAGCAGCAGGUAGAGAAUGGAGACAAAGAAGCAGAUGAUGAAGAGACGACGAAAAAGGAAAAGAAGAAGAAGAAGAAGCAGGCGGAGGAUGAGGAAGCUGUUGAGGCAGGAGAGAAGGAUAAGAAAAAGAAGAGAAAGCAUGCUGAUGCUAGUGAGGAAGCUGAACCUGUGAGCGAGAAGAAAGAAAAGAAAAAGAAGAAGAAGAAGAGCAGUGAGGAUUGAUUGAGGUAUUUGUAGUAAUUCGGGCAAAUCAAACAAUUUUGGCCAUCUUUGACAAUGGAUAAUAUUUUUCGUUUCUGUAUAAUUUGCUCUUUGCUGGGGUUUUGUUAUAGGAGUAUUUCUUGUUAGAGUUAGUCUAGUAAUCUUAUGCCUCAUGUAUGUGACUGAAUGUUUGUUCAAGGAUUAUAGCUGCAAAUCUUGUUCAAGAUAUUUUAUCUUUGAUUUCAGCCAUUGUGAUGAAUUACAUGGCUGAGUACUGGCUGACUUGAAAAAAGUUAUUUAUUUAUUGGUUCUGAUGUUUAUUGA